AUGUCUUUCCGCCAGUCUGCCUCCAACAUCCGCGUCGACGACGGCCAUAUCCUUCGCGCCUCUAUCCAGAACGGCAACGGCGACUGGGUCGACGCUGAGAUCGACCUUGACGGGUUCAUCGGCAACAGCAACGGAAGGUUCGAGUGGGGUGGUGAGAACUUCAGCCACUCUGCCGAGGAUAUCAGGUUCAGCAUGGAAGGCGCCAAUGGGGACAUCCCUGUUCUGCGCGCCCGCCUGUCCGACGUGGAUGGCAACCUUCACGAUGCCGACAUUAACCUGGAUGAGCGCAUCGGUAACGAGGAUGGCAGCCUUUCCUUCGCGUAA